AUGAGAGCAAAAACAAAAGUGUUUGCUCCACUCAGUGAACGGCAGCUUCUUGAGGAGAUGAGGGAUUCAUUUGACAAGUCGCCAAUUGUCACAAGAAGUGCAAUGAAGGCAAUCAACAGCCUUGUGUAUAUGCUGAGCGUGGCGAGUAUGAGUGAGGCAUCAAUCAAGGAGGCAUACAUAACAUUGCUGAAGGGAUUCCAGUCAAAGGACAUAUACCUGAAGGCAGGGAUGUAUUCUGCUAUUGAAGAGCUAUCGAGGCAUUUUGACGAAGGACUGGUUGCGGCGAAUAUAUUGAUGAACGAUCUAAACGGCAAGAUUCCCGAUGACAUGAAGGCAAUGGCGUUAAGGACGCUGUUUUGUAUUUUACCUGCAGACAUGAUAUAUGACUUUGGAAAGUAUGUAAGCCAAGCAUUUGUGUCACCGAGUGUGGUAAGGCGAGAUAUGGCAGUGCUUGUAUCGUGCAAGCUUCUGCGCGACGGGUUUUGUGAAGUGAAGGAAUGGAUUGACGAUGUAGACUCGAGCGAUGAUUCAAUGACGAGCUAUCACGCAGCGAGAUUUUUAAUGCAAACAAGAAAGCUUCGUUUUGGCAGUGUUGAAAGCCUGCGAGGGCCAUCGGGUAUUAUUGGUGCGCGAAUGGUAGUGGAGCAAUCGAAGAGUGGGAAUCCAGAGGCACUGGGGAUGCUGAGGAAGCUGCUGGGGUCAAAGUACGGCGACGAGAUGGUGUUUAUUGAAGCAGCGAAGGGUGUCUGCAUUAUUGGAGAGGAGUAUGCAUCUCAGCUUGUUCAGCAAACAGUUCAGUCGUUGAGGAUAUUUCUGAAAUCAACAAACAUUGCGCUUCAAUUCAGCGCAAUGAGGAUCAUUUCAAGUCUUGCGCUAAGGUAUCCACAUAAGGCAGCAAUUGCCAACAAAGAGGUUGAGGAUCUGGUGAUGGUUGAAAACAAGACGAUCUCGAUGUUUGCAAUUACAUCUUUGCUAAAGACAGGAACAGAAGAAACCAUAGAUAGGCUUGUGAAGCUGAUUCCAGGAAUGGUUGUGGACAUGAGCGAUGGGCUUAAGAAAAUUGCAAUUGAGACACUAGAAGCACUCAGCAACACAUUUGAGUCGAAGAAGCCAGUGUUUAUUGACUUUUUGUCCAGUGCGCUUUCGCAAAAGAGCGGGCUUGAAUUCAAGAAGUAUAUAGUCGGAGUUAUUAGCAGAGUAGUGUGCAGUGAUGAUGUAAGGGAGAAGGUGCUGGAGUUUCUGUGCACGUAUGCUGAGGAUUCGCAAUACUAUCAGAUAACACUGGACAUUCUUGGGAUAUUUGGCCGAGAAAUCCCGAAGUCGAAGAUGCCUGGAAAGUAUGUUGUGCAUGUUUUGAACAGGCUGAUUUUGGAGAAUAACCACGUGAGAGCAGCUGCGUUGCAGUGUCUGUACGACAUAUCGCACGUGGUAUCGAUUGAGACGGUCGAGGGUACCUUGAAGAAGAGCCUUGAAGAUCAAGAUGAGAUGGUGAGGGGUAUUUCGUUGUUUUUGCUGCGGAACUUGAAGCUUGCGAAGUCGUGCCAGCCAUUUCUGCUUGAUGAGCUUGGGGGCUUGAAGGAAGCAGUUCUUGAGCAGCUUGGGCAAAAAGAAGAUCCCGAAGAAUGCAAGGAUAAGCUUUUCAUUAAGGAAUGCAGAGAAGUGGCCCUUACUGAAGAUGCUUCUGAUGUUAGAGUGGGAGUUGCCAAAAGGAUGUAUGAGAGCAAGAUAGUGCUUGCAUUUAGUAUUGAAAAUAUGGUGGAGGAGAUCCAGAUAUGCAAUGGGAUUCUAAGUUUUGCCACAACAGGAGCGAAUGGCAGGAGUGAAGGGUGUAUAAAUAUUAAUCAGAUAGUAUUUGGAGAAGUUAGGACAUUUGAGACCGAAUGCAGUGUCGAGGAGGGAUGCGUAAUCAACGGAGUGCUUGAGUACACGAUGUGUGCAGAGAAGGACAUAUCUGAGACGGAAACAGAUUCCGUAACGCUGAAGCCAUUCCAGGUGACGAUUUUGGACUUUGUAAGGCCAGUGGUGGUUAAGAAUGCUUCUGAAGUAUGCAAAAAAGCAGUGUUUGGCUUGCAGGGAGAUGUAUAUGCUGCAGGAAAGAAGAUACUUGAUCUGCUGAACAUGAAGAUGAUUGGGCAGGACGUGUCAAACAACACCAUGGAGAUGCAGCUUACCGGGCAGUAUUACGAAAUACCUAUUGAAAUUCGUACAAGCAUUACAUACAGUGGAGUUGCCUGCAAAUGCAUAGUUGAUAUCUAUUGUAACGACGAAGAGGUGGCAUCAAAGAUCACUAAACUGUUUGAUUAA